AUGGAUUCCUUCUCAUACAGUAGUAUCGCAUGGCAAAUCGCGCUGCCAGCGGCUGUCGCCGCUAUUGGCGUAUUCACUUUCAAGAUGAUCAAGAACCGCAUGAUCUUCUACAGGCUCAAGAAGCAAGGUCUGCCAAUGCCUUCAUGGGACUUUGGAGCUGGCAGCCUUCAGACACUUCCAGCUUUGCUCGAAAAGUUCCCCAAGGGCUCGCAGCAAUCAGAUGCCUUUACUCUCCUCUCCUACGAAUUCAAGCAGUCGGAUGGCUGCUUCUACAUCGAUCUUUGGCCUUUUUCGAGUCCGCUGAUGGUGGUCACUUCUCCCGACCUUGCCAUACAGGCUUGUCAAGAAUACGACCUUCCUAAGCCACCUAUUCUCAUUCCCUUCUUCGCGCCAUUUGCCGGCGGCCCGAAUCUCUUCGAUAUGAACGGUGCUGAGUGGAAGCGUUCAAGAACUCUCUUCAAUCAUGGAUUCAGUGCCAACGUGAUGCUCGAGAGUACGCCCCACAUUAUCGAAGAGGCCGAGGUAUAUGUGGCGCUGCUGCGUGAGCACGCGAAAAAGGGCGACACGUUCUCGCUAGACGAUCUGACAUGCGACUACAUGAUGGACGUUAUUGGUUCGAUUACAAUCAAUGCUCGUCUCCACUCUAUGACUCGACACAACGCACUUGCUGCUGCCAUGCGGAGCUCCAUCCAAUGGCAUUGUCAAGAUGAGGAGCUGAAUCCUUUCAAACGCUGGAACCCAAUGAGACCUAUCAUCGAGUGGCGCAACGGCAAGAUCAUGGACAGUUAUGUCGGCAAUGAGCUAGAUAAGCGAUAUGAACACUGGAAGUCCAAUGAGCCAUCCAAGGGGGCCAAGUCUGUCAUGGACCUUACCAUAGCAGCUUACAUGGGCGAACGCAAAGGUGCCGAUAAGCUUGAUCCCGAUUUCAAGAGAUGGGCUACUACCCAGAUUCGCCUCUUCCUAUUCGCGGGACAUGACUCCACUGCAGCUACUAUUGUGUACAGUCUCUACAUGAUGUCCAAGCACCCUGAGGUUCUUUCCAAAGUGCGCGAAGAACUAGACCAAGUCUUCGGCAAGGGUACCGACUCAGCUGCUCGAGUCCUCAAAGAACACCCGGAGGAAAUCAACAAACUGACCUACACAAAUGCAGUGAUCAAAGAGACACUGCGCCUCUUCCCUCCUGCAUCAGGCAUGCGAGGCGGGCUCCCGGGUGUCUUCCUACGUGACAAGAACGGCAACAAGUAUCCCACUGAAGGCAUCAACAUUUGGAUUGCCCACGGCGCUGUGCAGCGAAACCCAGACUACUGGCCCGAACCUCACAAGUUCAUUCCUGAUCGUUGGCUAGUGGAACCCGAUCAUCCAUUGUAUCCGCCAAAGGGUGGUUGGCGGCCGUUUGAAUACGGCCCGCGUAACUGUAUGGGUCAGACUCUGGCUAUGCUCGACAUCAGGAUAACCUUGGCAAUGACGGUACGUGAGUUUGACGUGCAUGAUCAGUAUGAGGAAUGGGAUCGGUUGCAUCCGUCUACUGAUAUCAAGACCGUCUUUGGCGAGAGGGCGUACCAAGUGCCUCAAGGAGCAGCUCACCCAGUCCAUGGCUUCCCAUGCAAAGUCACAACUAGGAAUGUAGAGUAG